AAAGAGCUCUCUCGCCGACAUGCCACUGCAUCCUGCCAUACACCACAACAGUCAAGCAUAUCUUUCGAAGCACAUUCAAAACCUGAAGUGAAACAUGCCUCCCGCCGUCGAACACAUCAUUGAGCCCGUGCACGCUCUUGCUCAGAAUCUAAAGGCAGCUACGAUUUCAGGCAAGCAGAACAACAACCAAGGCAGCUUGCAGCGCCAACCUCUGAAAGCCUCCGGAGCUCUUGACAAGCACGCGCACGUGGACUUGACCGUGAACAUUGGCCGCGAAUACCCCAGCGUUCAAAUUAAGGAUCUGCUGAAUGCACCCAACGCAGAUGAGCUAAUUCGAGAUCUUGCUAUCACUGUUUCCGAACGCGGCGUGGUUUUCUUCCGCAACCAAGAUUUGACUCUCGAACAACAAAAGAUCCUCGGUCAAAAGCUUGGGGAACUUACAGGAAAACCUGCGACAUCCAAGCUGCACAUUCAUCCUGUUGCCAAUGCCGAUCGCGAGGACGGCAUCAAGGUCAAUGAACGAGGGGAGAAAGAUCACGAGAUUUCAGUUAUCUCCUCUGAACAAGGCCGGAAAGUUUACAAGAGCGCUUUCGGCAUCAACAGGGACCGAUUCGGAUCUGAGCAGUGGCACUCUGACAUUACUUUUGAGCCAAUUCCUUCAGAUUACUCCAUUCUCCAAAUUAAACAAAUCCCUCCUACCGGCGGCGAUACCUUAUGGGCAUCUGGAUAUGAAGCAUAUGACCGCCUUUCUCCCGCUUACCAAAAGUUCCUUGACGGUCUGACUGCUACCUACGCCCAGCCCGGAUUUCUGAAGGCAGCGCAAGAAAACGGUUUCGAGCUUCACACUGCUCCGCGUGGCGCACCAGAAAACGUCGGUGGUAAUUUAGAGGCCGUUCAUCCCGUGGUCAGAACAAACCCUGUGACAGGAUGGAAGAGUUUGUUUGCGGUCGGGCACCAUGUCGGACAUGUGAACGGAGUGACCAAAUACGAAUCUGAGAAACUGUUGAAAUACUUUAACAAGCUCGUGUAUGCGAAUCAUGAUUUGCAGGUCCGCUUCAAAUGGAACACAAACGACGUAGCGAUUUGGGACAACCGGUCAGCCUACCACGCUGCCACUCCCGAUUACGAUGCCGCUGUUUACAAACGCUUUGGAAACCGUGUAGUUAGUCUAGGUGAAAAGCCUUACUUUGACCCAGCGUCGGUCUCUCGUAGAACAGCUUUAGGCCUACAGGCACAAUAGUGCACUGCAAAUAUGUUGUUGAAUAUAUUAGUUUGUCAAGCAAUGCACAA